GGGUGCUAUAUAAACUGCGCACCCGAGGCGCACCAACCAACCAUCCAGCCUUCUCUGCGCUGCACUCCGAUCCGCUCCACGCUAACGUGUGCACUCUCCUCUCCUUCUCGCCUCCCAUGGCGAUUUCCCUGCAAUUCGGCCGCUUCACCACCGGCACCGAGCUCUCCUCCCUCCCGGUCAUCAGAGUCUUCCCCUGCCGGAAGCCUUUCUCCGUCCGAUGCGCCGCCGGGGAUUCCGAUUCCUCGUCCUCCGUCGCCGUUGAUUCGGACUUCGACGCGAAGGUGUUCCGGAAGAACUUGACGAGGAGCGAGAAUUACAACCGCAAAGGGUUUGGAUACAAGGAGGAGACUCUCAAGCUCAUGAAUCGCGAGUACACGAGUGACAUCAUAAAGACUUUGAAGGAAAACGGAAAUCAAUAUACGUGGGGAAACGUUACUGUAAAACUUGCUGAAGCGUAUGGAUUUUGCUGGGGUGUUGAACGGGCGGUCCAGAUUGCCUAUGAGGCUAGAAAGCAGUUUCCUGAGGAGAGGAUUUGGAUCACAAAUGAAAUUAUUCACAACCCAACUGUCAACAAGAGGUUAGAAGAGAUGGGGGUUCAAAAUGUUCCUCUUAAUGAUGGCAAGAAACAAUUCGAUGUUGUUGAAAAGGAUGAUGUUGUAAUUUUGCCUGCUUUUGGAGCUUCAGUAGAUGAGAUGUUGGUUUUGAGUGACAAAAACGUCCAAAUUGUUGAUACAACUUGUCCGUGGGUAUCUAAGGUUUGGAAUACUGUUGAGAAGCACAAGAAGGGAGAGUAUACUUCAAUUAUUCAUGGUAAAUAUGCUCAUGAGGAGACCAUAGCAACUGCAUCUUUUGCAGGAACAUAUAUCAUUGUGAAGAACAUGGCAGAGGCAACAUAUGUUUGUGAUUACAUUCUUGGGGGUGAACUUGAUGGCUCUAGCUCAACCAAAGAGGCAUUUUUAGAGAAAUUCAAGUUUGCUGUUUCAAAGGGAUUUGAUCCAGACAGAGACUUGGUUAAAGUUGGUAUUGCAAACCAAACCACAAUGCUUAAGGGUGAAACUGAAGAGAUUGGGAAAUUAGCGGAGAGGACUAUGAUGCGUAGAUAUGGAGUGGAAAAUAUCAACGACCACUUCAUAAGCUUCAAUACAAUCUGCGAUGCUACUCAAGAGCGACAAGAUGCCAUAUAUAAGCUGGUUGAGCAACAGAUGGAUCUCAUGCUAGUUGUUGGUGGGUGGAACUCAAGUAACACUUCUCACCUACAGGAGAUUGCAGAGGCUCGUGGAAUUCCAUCGUACUGGGUAGACAGUGAGCAGAGAAUUGGUCCUGGAAACAAAAUCAGUUACAAAUUGAUGCAUGGUGAGCUGGUUGAGAAAGAGAACUUUCUACCAGAGGGUCCAAUUACAAUAGGAGUAACAUCGGGGGCCUCUACUCCUGAUAAGGUUGUUGAAGAUGUUCUUAUCAAGGUGUUCGACAUCAAACGUGAAGAAGCCCUGCAGCUGGCGUAGGUUGAGGCUCACUGUUAAUAUGUAAGCAAAUACUGCUGUAUUUUAUUUUGAUGGAAGUAUUAGAAGGAAAGCAUCAUGUACCCACUGUAACGUUAAAUAUAUAAAUAUGCUAUAGAUGUAAGCAA